AGUUCGUUUGUUUUCAUUAUUUCAUUUGUUGUGAUUUGUGAAGGUUGGGGAAUUUAUUAAAUUAACUAACGUGUUUCAAGUGUAACUAAGUAAAUAACAUUUAAUUUGCUAGUUAGAGUGCUAAAACUUGAAAUGGCAACGGCUGCAGCAAAACCAGAACCGAUGGAAGAGGACGCAAGGAAACCCGUGUGCUUGAUCAUUUUAGGUAUGGCUGGUGCAGGCAAGACCUCCUUCACCAGACGUCUAGCGAGCCAGGUCGUUGAAAGCUCGCGACCAUAUUUGAUUAAUUUGGAUCCAGCCUGCAGAGAGGUGCCAUAUCCAGCGAAUAUUGAUAUAAGAGAUACUGUAGACUACAAACAAGUAAUGAAGCAAUACGGCCUGGGGCCAAAUGGAGGUAUCGUCACAGCUCUGAACUUGUUCUCUACAAAGUUUGGCCAGGUGGUGGAUUUGAUUGAGAAGGCUGGAAAGAAGCACAAAUACUGUAUUAUUGAUACACCAGGCCAGAUAGAGGUAUUCACAUGGUCAGCGUCGGGUACCAUAGUGACUGAAGCUCUGGCAUCUACAUGUCCUACAGUGGUGGUGUAUGUAAUGGACACCGUACGCAGCGUAGCUCCGAGCACCUUCAUGUCUAAUAUGCUGUAUGCAUGCUCAAUACUGUACAAGACUAGGCUGCCUUUCAUCAUUGUUAUGAAUAAGACAGACGUAGUGGACAACGCAUACGCGGUAGAAUGGAUGCGCGACUUCGAAGCAUUCCAGGAGGCACUAGACGCAGAGGGAGACGGCGAGGGCGGCGCAACAUACAUCGGCAAUCUUACCCGCUCUAUGGCGCUGGCGCUCGACACCUUCUACACAGAUUUGAAGUGUUGCGGAGUCAGCGCUCAUACUGGCAACGGUAUAACUGAAUUCUUCAAAUUAGUUGAUGAAGCCGCUGAAGAGUAUGAAAAGGAGUAUAAAGCAGACUGGUUAAAAAUGCGCGCUGAAAAAUUGGAACAACAGAAGAAAGCAGAAGAGGAGUUGAAAGCAGGCAAAAUGGAUGACGACAAACCAGAGGAUGUCGCUGCGUUCCAAGAGUUUAUCAGAAAGCACGUGAAACCAAACGAUUCGGGAAACAAGACGUGAUGAAACUAAUCUCUUCCAUCUGUAAAUA